CGGCACUCGUCCCCUGCAUCUGUCUAUAUCCUCAAGCGCCCACCCGUGCCACCACCGCCAGUGCAGCCUUUUGUGUCGCCUGUGAUUGUCUACCGUGGUACGCCGUGCGCCGUCCUGUACCGCCCACCCAGCGCCAUGGACUUUGCCCACGACGUCGCCCGCCUCGUGGCCCGCCAGCAAAGUGACGACGAUCUCAUCGGAACCCCGGGCCAUUGCGACACCUCGAACGAGUUCGACGGCAGGAUAGGCCUGCGUGUUUCCGCCGUCUUCGUGAUCCUCCUUGGAUCGCUCAUGGGUGCAACCUUUCCGGUCUACGCUCAUCGGCACAGAGGCCUCGGCGUGCCCGACUGGGCCUUUUUCGUUACCAAAUACUUUGGCUCUGGCAUUAUCGUUGCCACUGCCUUCAUUCAUUUGCUGGCUCCUGCCAAUGAGGCUCUCACAAAUCCGUGUCUGACCGGUCCCAUUACCAGCUAUGACUGGGUUGAGGGCAUAGUACUCAUGACCAUCAUCGUCCUGUUCUUCCUCGAACUGAUGACCAUGCGAUAUGGAAACUUUGGAGGAGCUCACAGUCACGACUCCGACGGACACGCUCAUAGCCACGACGUCGUUCAGACUCGUGGCAGCAGUCACGGGGAUGAACUGAGCAUCCUAGAAGCGCGAAAGGAAGACGGAACCCUCAGUCCCACUUCCAACCACCACGCCCCUGGAGAGGACCAUCUAGGCCACGCGCGCGAACACACUGACAACGCUGAUGUCGAGCCUGACUGGCAACAGAAGGGCUUGGCGCCGGAGUCGUACGAAGCUCAGUUGACCGCAAUCUUUAUCCUCGAGUUUGGCGUCAUCUUCCACUCAAUCUUUAUCGGCCUGACACUGGCGGUCUCUGGCGCGGAGUUCAGGACCCUUUAUGUCGUAUUAGUAUUCCACCAAACAUUUGAAGGCCUUGGUCUUGGCUCGCGACUUGCUACCGUACCGUGGCCAAACUCUAAGCGGUGGACGCCCUACAUCCUCGGGAUUGGGUAUGGGCUAUCGACGCCCAUUGCCAUUGCCAUCGGCCUCGCGGUGCGCAAAUCAUACCCGCCAGGGUCCCAAACGACCUUGAUUGUCAAUGGUGUCUUCGACUCCAUCAGCGCCGGGAUCUUGAUCUACACUGGCUUAGUCGAGCUUAUGGCGCACGAAUUCAUGUUCAGCCCGUACAUGCAGAAGGCGCCUAUCAAGGUUGUUCUAAGUGCGUUUGGGUUGAUGUGUGUAGGUGCAGGCAUAAUGGCUCUACUGGGGAAAUGGGCAUGAGCUUACCCACCCAACGCUUAGACGAGUAUACCCGGUGGAACGUUUUGGUUUGAAAUCAAUACCCUGGAAAUGGACAUAGAUUUUUGAUUUUUUGAAUUGUGUGCAUCUUAGUGUUCUGCAGAGAUCUGUUUAGACC